UGAGUGAGCUCUAUUGCUACAGAAAAUGCCUUAUCUUCUUCACAUCAAGUUUGCACUGUUCGUUAUUCAAGCAAUACUUUGUUUAAAACAAGAACAAUGCACCGUCUCGUGGCACCUGCAAGAAAAAUCUCUUUCAGUUUUGGAAAACAGUUUUGCCAAUGUGACUUUCGAAAUGAACAGCUUAGCCUGCAGUGAGUCGAAUAUGCCGUACAAAGUAAUGGUAAACACUAAAACAAAUAGCGGCGAUGUCGAAUAUGAUGGAACAGUGACCUACCUGGGAGACACCUGCACGGCAACACCCUUCACUUCAGUUCGCUGCAUCACACCCACUGGACCUGCGGAGUUGCACAGGAGAGUGAACAGGUCUCACGUGGCUGUAGAGUGGAACUGGAAAUGGAAGGACACUCAGUUUAGUAGCUUUACAACCAUGAGAAAGGAACUAGCAAUUGCAGUAUUGUACCCACCAGGUGUCACAAGCUUGACCGUAAAUGGAGAUGAUGUCAACGGAAACAUUUUAGUUAAUGAAAGUCAAGAGGUUAACAUAUCUUGCUCAUUUGACAAAGGGAACCCUCCCACCAACUUUCUUCUUCUGAACGAACGCGGGCAUGAAUUACAGGUUUAUCGAGAUGAACAAACGAUCACACAUUCACUAAGACUUCAGUGUGCAGAAGACUGGCCAACAGUUAAAUGUGAAGGAAAUGCAUCUCAAAAGAAUAGAUCAGUGUCCUUUCUCGUCAGCUGCCCUCCUCAAUUCAUGGCAAAACAUCCACAAGUCACAGCGGGAGCAGCAUAUGAAAGUUGGACAUUAAGAGUCAAAGCUCACACAACAGAAAUCGAGAACUGCCUUGCGAUUCCACUUUCAUUAGGUGAGAACAAGAACAGAGAAGUGAGCUGUACCCUAACCGGUAGCCCCCCGGAGCUGCUGUUGACUGUUCUUGUUAAUAACGAGGACACACGUGGCAUGGAAGGACUCUGGUCACUUAGUUUCCGCAAUGAAAGAGGCUCUUCAGGCACCUUAGUCUUCACAAAACCCUCAAGUAAGUAUAUUUCUCUUCUACCGCAUAUGAUAGAUAGAUGACAACCGAAACCAGAGUGUGUUAAAACACUGUGCAAAUCGGACGACCCAGUCAGUCCUUUCGCGAAUGAAAUCCCCUGGUGGACGUGCACGUGCAACCGAUGUUUGUCCGGGUGGUACGUGUCUCGGUAUCAGCACGCGGUGAAAGCCGAUGCGAGUGUUCCUUACCAGACCGUAAAUACAAUAUUCAUACCACAUUUCGAUGUAUCUUUAGCAGAUUUCAGGCCUCACCAACUUACAAAUAGCAACACACUAUUUUCGCUCAUUUUCCGCUCGCUACAUCUCGUUUUACUGAAGACUUUAUUUGGAAGACGUCCUUCUAGUAAAGACUAUUGUCGUUCAGUCGUUGAAAAAUGAUAGACCUGCUCGUACUCGUGUGCGUUUGUGUACCUGUGCCUUCACACACUUCUAUG